AUGUUUUACAUUUUCCGUGGUGUUGCGGGCAUCGGCGGAGGCGGUAUCACGAAUCUCGCCAUGAUCAUUGUCUCUGACGUUGUUACUUUGGAGCAAAGAGGUAAAUACCAAGGAAUCUUGGGCUCAAUGGUUGGUUUGGGAAAUGUCCUCGGGCCAUUUCUUGCUGCAGCCUUUGUUGAGAGGGCAACGUGGAGAGCGUUCUUUUGGAUGCUCUCACCACUUGGUGUUAUUGUCGGUGUUAUCUCAUACUUCUUCCUGCCAUCUAAGCCUCCGGAUGACGACUUUAUGAAAAGUGUCAAGAAGAUCGACUAUGCAGGCUCAUUCACCUCGUCGGCCGGCGUUAUCUUGCUGCUUAUUCCUAUAUCUGGAGCGUACCAGGGAUACCUCUACUACAUCCCGCUGUAUCUACAGAACGCUCAUCAGUUCUCUGUCAUUCAUUCAGCGGGGAUCUACGUCUCCCUUGUCGUCUGUCAAUCCGUAUUCUCCAUCAUUUCGGGACAGUACAUAUCGAGAACUCAGCGCUAUGGAGAAGUCAUCUGGGCAGGCUUUGGCCUCUGGACACUGUAA